CCCCCUCCCGGUCGACUCCGCCCCGCCCUCGAGAAGGCUUCCGGAAGUUUCGGGAAGCAGUAUCCGGCCCUGGAUCGCAAUGCCGGAGGAGGAGUACGCGCCCGUGCCGCUCGGCCAGGCGGCGGCGGUUGACACCGAGGACCCCGUCAAGUCGCCGCCAAGGCCCAGCUCGCCCGCCACGUCCACCCGCAAGGCAUGCUUUGCUGUUCUUCAAAGUUGGGUGUCAAGAAAAUUUAUGACCGGAUGUGUGGUUCUUUUCCCAAUUGCUGUCACGUUCUUCAUCACUUGGUGGUUUAUUCAAUUUGUUGAUGGCUUUUUCAGCCCACUCUACGUGAAACUUGGGCUUGACAUAUUUGGCCUUGGGUUCUUGACCUCCCUGGUAUUUAUACUUCUUGUUGGAAUAUUUGUCUCUUCUUGGGUGGGUUCAACUGUCUUCUGGGUUGGAGAAUGGUUUAUAAAGAAAAUGCCAUUUGUAAGGCACAUAUAUUCUGCAUCAAAGCAAGUCAGCACUGCUGUUUCACCAGAUCAAAAUACAACAGCAUUUAAAGAAGUAGCAAUAAUUAGCCAUCCUCGUGUUGGUGAAUAUGCAUUUGGAUUCAUAACGUCGACUAUGGUUCUUCAGACUGACAAAGGUGAUGAAGAACUGUGUAGUGUUUAUGUGCCAACCAAUCAUUUAUAUAUUGGUGACAUCUUUUUGGUAAACUCUGCCGAAAUUAUAAGGCCCAAUUUGUCCAUUCGAGAAGGCAUAGAAAUAAUUGUCUCUGGAGGAAUGACCAUGCCACAGGUGAUCGCGUCAUUAGAACCAACGCCUCAUAAGAGCCAGAACGUCCGUUUAAAUAGAGUUAUGACUGUAUGAGGCAUGAAAGCCAUGGGUAUAUCAGCUACGUUGGAUUGCAGACAUCUGAUACGUUCGGUUUGUGGAUUACAAGCUGGGACACGGAGCAUGAUAAAAGCAACUUUUGUAGAUUGCAUCGAGUGUAAGCAGCUCAGUGCAGCAUUGGCAGAUACUUGACAACCUGCAAUGCCAUGGUCAUGCACUGCCCUUGAUCGUGUAACAGAAAAAUUAUAGCUUCACUUGCAAGCACCAGAUUUAUUCCAAUUAAUACUCCAGUGGCGUGCUAGAUCGUGUUAGUAUGUGAUGCUGAACAGCUUUCUGAACCAAAGUUGCAUCAACCAGCGUUAUUUUUAUCAAUA